AUGUCGUUCGCCUCCACCGUUCCCCCGCACGCCGUGCAAACGCCGCAAAUUCGCACGCAAUCGCUUCCGCACGGCUCGCCCAGUCAGGCAUCGCCACAGCGGUCCACACCCGGGUCGGCAUCAAAACCAGCGGUGAUCAAGGCGCUGCCGACUGUGCGCGAUCAUACCACCGAUCAACUUGGACCAGAAGGCGACGAAUAUCUGCCACGCGAAGUCGACGAGCAUGGCGAGACAAAAGUCUCGCGGGAUGGAUACGCUCUAGAUGGCCGCAAGUACAAGUGCCGGACCUUUCAAGUCCCCAACAGAGGCGACAAGCUAUUCAUGCUUGCCACCGAAUGUGCUCGUGUUUUGGGCUACCGCGAUUCCUAUCUGCUAUUCAAUAAGAAUCGGUCGCUAUUCAAGAUCAUCGCCAACCAGCCGGAAAAGGACAACCUCAUCCAACAGGAAAUCCUGCCAUACUCAUACCGGUCCAGACAAAUCGCAAUUGUCACGGCUCGCUCCAUGUUUAGGCAGUUUGGCAGUCGUCUGAUUGAAGGCGGCAGACGUGUGCGGGACGACUACUGGGAGGCAAAGGCCAUUAAACAGGGCUUCACCGAGGAGGACGCCGCUGGGGAGAAACGUCCGGGAGCUGCCAAAGCGCGAGAACAGGCAGCUGCGGAGGCGAGUCACGCCAACGCCUUGACCUCUCUUCCCCAGGGCGAAAUCAUCUACAGCAAUACUGGGCAUGGAUUUGAUGGUCAACCGCCUGGAAUGAGCCCAGUGUCGCUUGCGCCGCUGUCUAUGAUCCACAUCCAAGCCGAUGACUUACGCUCUGGCGGCGUGGGAGGAAACGUGAUUCGACCCAGGCAGGACAUUGCGGGUCCCCCAUAUCACGAUCGGAUUCAAUCUAGCAAUCCUAAUGAAAUCCUGUCGCAAGCCGGCCAGGCUGCCGAGUACAACAAGCAGCUUAGUCAAACGCGGGAACAUCGUCACAAGUACCUCGAUGACUACUGGCGACGACCACAUGAGCAACCGACCACCGAAGGGGCAUCCGAUAUGAACACUGUGGCGCCGCAAGAUUUGCAAAGCCCGCAAGCCGUGGCUGGUAUGAGUCAACAUCGUGGGCAGGAUCAAAUGUCGAGCUCACAAAUGAUGGCGCAAAACUACGGCGGCUACUCACAUCAGCAACAAGCCAUGACCUCACCUGUUCAGACCAUGCAUCGUGGCGUAGCUCAGCCUCAGAUGCAUCAAAGCUCUCCCGCAAUGAACAUGGGCGGAUCGGCACAUCGUCAGACACCGUCAUACGGCGGCUACAAUCAAAAUCAGAUGUGGCCUCCCCCUCAGCCGCAACCGUCUCCACUGUCGCAGUCGCAGUCCCAUGUCUCGGCGUACGGCCAGCAGCAGCAGCAACAGCAACAACAUCACUCACCCAUGCCGCCGCCACAGAUGCCGCCGCAGGGAAUGGGAUAUCCGCAGAUGAACCAAAUGGGCAAUCAAGCUUACGCCGGCAUGGCCCGCAGCAUGUAUCAGCAGAAUCCGAGUCAGUUCAACAUGGCGCCACAAACGGGUGCUGGUCAGCAGCCGGGAAUGCAAGGCUGGUCCGCUCCUGGAUCUUUGCCCCAGAAUUAUGGCUAUCAGUGA